CGUCAAGGUCGCUUGACUUGCAAAGAAGAUGGUGCUGCCGAUCAACCGCUUCCGCCUCCCGCAGGACCUCAAGACGCUCUCGUGGCGCUUCGAGCACCCCUUUCGCUGGUCGACGAUCCGAAACCUCGCGUUUCAUCCGUUCAACUGGGCUCUCUCGACGCUGAGCCUCGUCCUCGUGCUGGGCUCCGUGCUCUCGCAUCUCUCGUUCUACGCGCUCACAACGCUCAAGUUUGGCCUCGAAGAGGGCUCGAGCGAAGUCGACAUUACGAUCCCCCAUAGUAUCAAGCACGCGGCGACAACCGACCUCGUCGUGCACGAAUACUUUCAGCUCGAGCGCAAUGAGGACGACAGCAGCGCGAUGGCCGGCGUCGACCUGCGCCUCAAGUACACCAUCGCGCACUCAAAGGCGUCGCUCGAGGUGUACCUUGCGGUCCUGUACUUUGUCUCGCUCAAGCCCAUUGUCGCCACCGUCUUCUUUACGCUGGGACCGGUCUUGCUCGUGGGUACGCUCGUUAGCAUCUUCCAACCGGGUCCCAACGACGUCGCGCUGCUCGUGUCGCUCAUCGAGACGUACGGAGGUGUUGCGCUCUCUUCGGAAGAGGAAGCGUGGAUCGCUGGCGGUCAGCACGUGUUUGUCGUACUUUUCUCGCUCGUCGUAACCGAGUUCUCGGCCGCCGUGUCCCACGACCUCAUGCGACUCUUUUGCUGCGAGUGGCGCAUCGUCUACGACGAAGAAGACGCCGACGGAAACCAAAUCGCGUCCGAGUCGACACCAUUGCUCUCAUUGCAUGCUCUUGUCGAGUAGCAAAAUGAUACAAAGAAACCUUGCUCAUAGUGUA